AUGACCCUGGGCAGCUGCUGCUGCGAGAUCAUGUCCUCCGAGAGCUCCCCGGCCGCGCUGUCCGAGGCCGACGCAGACAUAGACGUGGUGGGCGGCGGCGGCGGCAGCGGUGGGGGGGAGCUCCCUGCCCGCUCCGGGCCCCGCGCCCCCCGGGACGUGCUCCCCCACGGCCCCGAGCCUCCUCCGGAGGAAACCGAGGCGGACGCAGCCGAGGACGAGGAGGAGUCCGGCGGCUGCUCGGACGGCGAGCCCCGCGCUCUAGCGCCCCGGGGGGCGGCGGCCGCAGCGGGAAGCCCCGGGCCAGGCGCUUCGGCGGCCCGGGGCGCGGCGGGGCCCGGGCCGGGACCGCCGUCGGGGGGCGCGGCGACGCGGAGCCCGCUGGUGAAGCCGCCCUACUCGUACAUCGCGCUCAUCACCAUGGCCAUCCUGCAGAGCCCCAAGAAGCGCCUGACGCUGAGCGAGAUCUGCGAGUUUAUCAGCGGCCGCUUCCCCUACUAUCGGGAGAAGUUCCCUGCUUGGCAGAACAGCAUCCGCCACAACCUCUCGCUCAACGACUGCUUCGUCAAGAUUCCCCGCGAGCCGGGCAACCCGGGCAAGGGCAACUACUGGACGCUGGACCCGGAGUCGGCCGACAUGUUCGACAACGGCAGCUUCCUGCGGCGCCGCAAGCGCUUCAAGCGGCAGCCGCUACCGCCGCCGCAUCCACACACGCACCCUCAUCCGGAGCUGCUGUUGCGUGGCGGGGCUGCGGCGGCGGGGGACCCCGGCGCCUUCCUGCCGGGCUUCGCUGCUUAUGGCGCCUACGGUUACGGCUACGGCUUGGCGCUCCCGGCCUACGGCGCACCCCCACCGGGCCCGGCUCCGCACCCGCAUCCACACCCGCACGCCUUCGCUUUCGCCGCCGCCGCCGCCGCCGCGCCUUGCCAGCUGUCGGUACCCCCAGGCCGCGCCGCUGCUCCUCCACCCGGACCUCCGACGGCCUCGGUGUUCGCGGGCGCAGCCUCGGCUCCGGCCCCUGCGCCUGCCCCGGGCACAGGGUCGGGCCCCGGCCCCGCAGGCCUGCCCGCCUUCCUGGGCGCCGAGCUGGGCUGCGCCAAAGCCUUCUACCCCGCGUCGCUGAGCCCUCCGGCAGCCGGCACCGCGGCUGGUCUGUCUACCGCACUCCUGCGCCAGGGCCUCAAGACGGACGCGGGCGGUGGUGCGGGCGCCGGGGGCACCGGGGCCGGGCAGAGGCCUUCCUUCUCUAUAGACCACAUCAUGGGCCACGGUGGCGGCGGGGCAGCACCCCCGGGCGGAGGCGAGGGCUCCCCGGGAUCGCCUUUCGCGGCGGCGGCGGGUCCUGGGGGUCAAGCCCAGGUCUUGGCCAUGCUGACUGCCCCAGCCCUGGCUCCAGUGGCCGGCCACAUCCGCCUCUCGCACCCCGGGGACGCGCUCCUGUCCUCAGGGCCCCCGUUUGCCAGCAAAGUCGCCGGCCUCAGUGGCUGCCACUUCUGA